CACUGGGAGCCCCUGUGAUCGGCGGCAUCUGCACAGCUGGGUUAGGGGAGGAGCGAGCCCGGAACCGACUGUACAUCUUGCUGUACGGAGUCUCUCAGUCAUGGCAGAUCAAGCUUUUGUGACACUGGCUACAAAUGAUCCAUAUGUGAAAGGGGCGCUGGUAUUGGGGUCAUCAUUGCGACAGCACAAUACUACAAGAAAACUGGUGGUGCUAGUACCUCCUCAGGUGUCAGAGUCCAUGAGGAAAGUGCUUCACAAAGUGUAUGAUGAGGUUCGAGUGGUCGAUGUCUUAGACAGCAAGGAUUCCGCUAACUUGGCUUUAAUGAAAAGACCAGAACUUGGCAUCACAUUAACAAAACUCCACUGCUGGACCCUCACAGAAUACUCUAAAUGUGUUUUUAUGGACGCAGACACAGUGGUUUUAUCAAAUGUUGAUGAGCUGUUUGACAGGGAAGAGCUGUCAGCAGCACCAGACCCGGGGUGGCCCGAUUGCUUCAACUCAGGAGUGUUUGUUUACCAACCAUCUUUAAAGACCUACAGUGACCUGUUACACCUAGUUACAGAAAAGGGCAGCUUUGACGGUGGGGACCAAGGUUUGCUCAACACAUUUUUCAGUAGUUGGGCAACGAAAGAUAUCCACAAGCAUCUACCGUUUGUUUACAACUUGAGCAGUAUUUCCAUAUACUCCUACCUCCCAGCUUUUAAAGCGUUUGGAGGUAACGCUAAGGUGGUCCACUUCUUGGGUAAAGUAAAGCCGUGGCAUUAUACAUACGACUGCAAAACCAAGACUGUGAAAAGUAGCUCGCAUGACCAAACACAAACUGAACCAGAAUUCCUUUCCCUCUGGUGGAAUAUCUACUCCACUCGAGUCUUGCCGUUACUUACAGAGAGUGGAAUGGUUAAAGAUACUGCAGCAGGCCUGAAAGCGCUAUCGGGGUUGGUCUAUUCACUGGCUUUCUCUUGUCGCUUCUGUAGAGAGGAGGAAAUUACAGAAGCUGUGGAAAAGUUGUCCAUAGCAUCUCCUCACGCAACUAUAUCGUCAGAAGAGCGCAGGGAACGAUGGGAACAAGGGCAGGUUGACUACAUGGGUGAAGAUUCCUAUGAAAACAUCAGGAAGAAGCUAGAUUCUUAUCUCCAGUAGAAUUCUUCUCAUGCACAAGAACUUAAGACACAAGGACCUUUCAAAGAACUGUUUGACAUCUAGGAUUGUGUUCUACCACAUUGUUUACUAAACUGCUAGAAGCUUUACUAAAACUUAAGUUGGUGGGUUUCCACCUCUACCAGUAAUACAAAUUAUGCAUUCUCUGUUACAAGCCUGGUUUGUGCCAUUUUAGAUACUAGCCAAAAGUGUCACUUGACUUUCAGCAAUCUGUUUAGUGUUUUUCAUGUAUUUUAAAACUUAACCAGCACUUAGCUGGUUAUUUUAACCCAGACCUCAAGUUAAAGGCCCACCUUGCUUGAUCAACUGAUGCUAUUUUCCAUGAUCCUCUUUAUGGAUAAUCAAGGCUUUGUAUGCAAUAUAAGUUUGCAUAUCCAGCAGUGGUACCCACAGAAAUUUGCCUUUUCAUCCACUCAGGUGCAAACUUGCUUAGAAUCAAACUGUUUCUGACCUUACACUCCUGAUCCUAAUGCUGGACUUAUACCAGUUAAUUGAAGUGCACUGUAAACACACCUUGGAAUGCUCCUUGUUUUGUUCUGUACCGUACCCCAGGAGGCAAUUGUAAUGCAUUGACUGAAGUAACUAAUAUGGAACUUCGGGAGGAAAAUAAAACUGGUCAUGUUCAGUAUCACUUGCUUGAAUUCUAUGGCGGUUCAAUAUGAAGAGAUGUUGAAAGAUCAAAUACUUACACAGGCUGCCUAUAAAGUAGGUAACUUAAAUAUCCGCUCCGUUCAUCAGCUUUAACAUUCAGUGUGGUGAUUAUUCUUGUCCACUUUGUAGCUAGAACUUAAUUGUAAUGAACUGGCAGAAAAAGAAGGUGAAAGAUGGCAAAAUAAAAAUACAAAUAUUGAGUGUAAAUAUUUGCAACCGUCUUGCAAAUAUUAGACCAGAUUAAGAAAAAAAAGUUUAUUUUAGUAUAUUGUUAGAAAUUUUCCAAUAUGGGAAAAUGUUCCAGCUCUAUUUUAGCCAACGUUUUGCAAGAUGGUUGUCAAAUUAGUUUUUUAGUGAAUACAAGCCACUCAUAAACACAGAGAUAGGAGAGUGGAAGGCCACUGCUACAGUAGCACAUUCCUCAAACAUUACUGCUGUACUGAAUAUUUUCAGUUAUUUACUAACAUGAAUUGUCUGGAAUUCAAGUUGGAUUUCAAAUUUUAGGCAAAAAAAAAAAAGCUGAAAUAAAAAUGUAGUUGGCUUGGAUAAUAUUUCCAAUUCAGUUACAAUGAAUUGCAUUUCAUGCUUUAGUGAAUAACCUUUAUCAAUUAGGCUGUUAAAAUUACUCAAAAGUGCCCUGAAUGUUGAAACAUUAAAGAUGAUGUAAUAAACAGACUACACAUAUUCUUCAACUUGCAUCAUUAUUGAAGGGAUACACUGUAAACCUGUCUAAAUGGUUAAUGUCAAAGAGAUUUAUUUGUAAGCAUAUUUAUCAAUAAAUAUUUGAACAUAACAUUUUAA